AUGCCGAAAUCCUCAAUCGCCCGCUUCUUGCAAAGGCCCCGCACUAAAUUCCUGGUCGUGGUAGCUGUUCUUGCAUGUGUUUCCGUGCUUGUGAUUUAUCACAGUUUGGGGAGCCGCCAGCCGACCCCUGCCCCACAAACGAUGGUCAUAGCGGACCCUCCCGAAGUUUCAGUUCAGCUUGUAGAACAAGUAGAUGCUCAAGUAGAAUUAGUUAAAAAGGUAAAAUCGCGGGAAAAAUUACCGUGCGACCGUGUGAUGCAGUUGAAAAAUGUUGACAUUAGUACGCCGGAAAUUUAUCCUACUUUGAACUUCAAACCCCCCUACAGGAGUUACUGGAAUUAUACGUUCGAUAUGAGGUAUCUGAAGAUUAAGGAACACUGGGAUAAACUGCCUUUAGAAGUUAUCGUGGUGCCUCAUUCCCAUAACGACCCUGGAUGGUUGAAAACGUUUGAUGGCUACUUCAUGGCUUACACCGCUCACAUCCUCAACAAUAUGGCAGACAAACUGAAUAAAUACAAAGACAUGACGUUUGUUUGGUCGGAAAUAUCCUUCUUUUCCAGGUGGUGGAACAGCUUAAAGAAUCGCCCUCAUCUAAGGGACCAAGUAAAGCAAUUCCUACGGAAAGGCCAACUGGAGAUUUUAACCGGAGGCUGGGUGAUGACAGACGAAGCAGCAGCCCACUACUACGCCAUUGUGGACCAAUUGGUGGAAGGCCACCAGUGGAUGAAGACGAACCUUGGCAUUGCACCUCACUCAGCUUGGUCUGUGGACUCCUUCGGGCACUCUGCAACGGUUCCUUACAUCCUGAGAGCUGCCGGAAUGCACAACAUGGUCAUACAACGCACACAUUAUGCGUGGAAGGCAUACCUCGCAGAAAAGCGGCAGUUGAACUACUGGUGGCGCCAAGAGUUUGACAACUUCGGGCCCAACAAUCAUUCGUCCGACAUAAUGUGCCAAAUGAUGCCGUUCGAUCUGUACAGCAUCAAGCACUCAUGCGGGCCAGAUCCUGACGUGUGCUUACAGUUCGAUUUCAGGCGCAUCCCUGGCGAAUAUUCCGAAAGUCGAGCAACGCCCGUUACUCCUGAAAAAUUGGCAGAGAGGGCAGACCUGCUCUUGGGACAGUAUGGUAGAAUCGGUUCCUUGUUUCCUCAUAAUGUUGCUCUGGUGCCUCUCGGGGACGACUUUCGUUACAAUCACGACGAGGAAUGGGAUCAGCAGUACGAGAAUUACGCGAAGAUAAUGCAGUAUAUCAAUUCCAGACCGGACUGGAACGCUCGAGUGAGGUUCGGGACGUUGAAAGAUUACUUUAACAUUGUCCAUAAGAGAAUGAAUUUCUUGGGUUAUGACAAUAUUCCGAGCCUAGUUGGUGAUUUCCACGCUUAUGGAGACAUCUACGGAGAAGGCCAUCCUUCGUACUGGAGUGGAUAUUUCACCACGCGGCCGUACUGGAAACAUUUGUGUCGUGAGCUUCAGUACUGGUUGCGCAGUGCCGAAAUUUUGUAUUCAGUAUCCAGGGCCUAUGUUAAGCAACAUGAUUUGCCGCAUUUAUAUAAACGGUUGGACCAAGAUUAUACGUAUUUAACUCUGGCCAGAGACAGCUUAGGCUUAUUUCAGCAUCAUGACGCAAUUACAGGCACAGCGAAGGAAGCUGUGAUGGCUGACUAUGGCAUGAGACUUUUUCGCGGAAUAAAGGACGCGAAAGGUAUAAUUGCUCAUGCCAGUUUGUACAUAAUGGCUGAAGAAGCUGUGAAGCGGUCUGUGGACUUGAGGCCCGCUCAUCCGCUUACUUCGUUCCUUUAUCCAGACAUCGACCAGACGCAUUUUGAUAAACUGCCUCAAAAAGUUCCUCUCAGCAUACCAUCCCAAGGAAGGAAAAUAGUUUUAUUUAAUUCGAAAGCACGUCGCGUCAUAGAACCCAUUCGAAUUAGGGUGAAGAGUGCCUCGGUCAAAGUUUUGAAUCCCGAAGGAGAUGAAGUGCCUGUACAAGUGAAUCCAGCGUGGAACGGAACUGUCGAAGUUUUAGGCGACGUUUAUGAACUUCUGUUUUUAGCUGAUCUCUCUCCCCUGUCCCUGAUGACCUUCACAGUGAUGCCAACUGAACGAGUGCCUCGUCCUCGAUCCCAAGUGGCUAUUACGCUGAACGACGCUUUUGCUAAGCAACCCCAAAAUUCCAUUUUCUCUUUCCAGAGCCCCACGGAUGUGGACAUAGAAGUGUCCUCUCCAUCCCUCGUUGCCCGAUUUUCCAAGCAAAGUGGUUUAAUUCAAAGCGUCGAAAUGAAAGAAGACGAUAUCAUAAAUAAAGUGAACCUGUUGCUCCAAGCCUAUAAGUCUGAAGAAUUCAGAAGUGGUGCUUAUUUAUUCCAUCCAUUAACGACGGAUCCCGUGCAAAAUAUCUCUGGUAGAUAUCCCAUUAUUCGGACAGUGAAAGGUCCUUUGUGUUCAGAAGUGACGGCUGUUUAUUCGAAUGUUGUAACAGUCACUCAGAGAGUUUACCAUACAUCUGGUAUUUUGGGGAAAGCUGUACAAAUAGAAAUAUUAUCUGACAUUGCGCAACUACCUGACAUGAAUCUUGAAUUGUUUCUCAGAAUAAAAACUGAUAUUAAGAGCGGCAACGUGUUUUACACGGAUUCAAAUGGAUUCCAAAUGAUAAAGCGGAAAACCCUCAGCUACCUUCCUUUGGAAGCAAAUUACUACCCAGCCACGUCUGCAACGUUCCUAGAAGAUGCAGAAUCUCGUCUCACCUUACUUCUUUCCCACGCACAUGGCGUGGCAAGUGUCAGUUCAGGGUGGUUGGAAGUGAUGCUCGAUCGCAGACUUCGAGGGGACGAUAACAGGGGCUUGGGCGAGGGCGUGUUGGACAAUAAGAAGACUUUGUCAGAGUUCUGGCUGCUUCUGGAAGGAAUGAAUGAAGAAGCAGCUAAUGAGGUUCCAACCCUUUCGCUCAAUUCGCAUUUCGUGUCGUCAUUCCUUUCCGAUCCACCCGUGGUCGUCGCAACUCAAAGUCCGGAGCAGCGGAAUUUGAAGCCAAAAGUGGAAUUCCUAAGUACCUCAUUUCCGUGCAAUGUGGAACUGCUGAACUUCAGAACUUUGCCUGCUGAAGAUGAUUUCGAAGUACCAUCGAACAGCAGUCUUAUGAUUCUGCAUAGCAAGGGAAUCAGUUGCAGGGUUAAAGCUUGGGUGGAUGAAGCUUGUUCUAGUCAAAAGGAUAGCAGGAUAAAAUUAGAUUUACAAAACUUGUAUUUAUCGUCGAUAAGUAAAACAUCUUUAACGGGUCUUAACCCACAAGAAAAUUUCGGCAAUAGUUCAGUCUUUGCAGACGUAAUGCAGCUCUCUUCAUACAAUAUUACGUUCAAGACAUGAAUUCUGUGUUACAGCAU